AUGCGUCUUCUUCAAGCGCUGAUGCUUGGUACUGGCCUUGCUAUGCAGGCUAAGGCCUAUGAACUCAUAUUCUACGACAAUGUGAAUGACUGCAACGCCAAUGACAACUCCAACUACAAGAUCUUUGAUGGAAACUCCGAACAGUGCAUUAACCUGUUCGAUGUCCCACCUUCAGACGCUUCAUGCUCCCUGUAUAUCAACGGCGGGGCCAGCUACACCGCCUGUACUAGUGAUAACUUCCGAGGCACCUCGGUCUACCUGAGCGACCUUCAUACCCAGGUCCUUGGAAAAAACUCCUGCUGGAGCUGUACAUUCUACAAUGAGCGCGAUUGCGAGGUUGAGACCUAUCCGCCGAUUACUACAGACAAGUGCAACUACAGGGGGGGACACGGCCUUGCGUCAUUUAAAUGCGGCCCGAGUUCUACCAUUGGUGGAUGCUAG